UCUACCGCUUUGAGUGUGUCACCGCAGAGUUUGCGACCUCUGAAUUCUCGCCGGCGUAAAAAGAAGUUGAAGGAAAGCUUCUAUUUGAGAACGGCGUACACUCCUACAUUGCAAACCCAAAACGGCACAUCAAUGGAAGCUGAAGAUGACCACCCCAGCAACAAGGACCUCUUCUUCGAUGGUCAUCAUCAAUCUCUUUCAUCCACUGAAGCUGCUUAUAGUCCCAAUGCCAAGACGAAAGUUGAAAGCGGUUUUGGUCUCUUCUGCGUUAUGAGAAAGAGAGCUCGUGGUGAUGAUGAUGAUGACAUGUCUUCUUCGGAUUUCGAUUACGUAGAGAAAGGUGAUGACUUUUUCUGCAGUGACAGUGACACAGACCUGUCUGAAUGUUCAGAGUUCGAUGUUAUAUCACAACAUGUUGUAGAAGACAAGGGUUUGUUUGGGUCUGAGUCUCUGUCCACAUGCAACUCUCCUUGCCUUAGUGAGGAUCAUAAGAUUGGCCUUGGAAUCUCUUCGUUGCCUUUAACGAAAACCCUUGAAGAACCUAGUAGGCAGUGGUCAGUGUGUGGCUCUGUAGCUGCAGUUAGAAACAUACCUCUAGUGGGAGGUGCAGAAACUUUAUACCAGGAAGAAGAAGCUGAUGGUGAAGAUGAGAUGUCCUUUUCUGACAUUGAUGCUAUGGUACGCAGAUUGAAUCUGAUCCCUGAUGAUUCAGAUUCGUGCUUAGAUAUGGAAGAACGGAACAUGUCUAAGCAUCCAAGGCAUACAUUACUUGGACUGGAACACUGCUCAGUGACUUCAGUUCCGAGAGGAAUUAUAUCUCAAGGGGCUUUAGCUGUCCUGCAUGGUCGUGAUUUUAAGCAUUUUAUUAGGAAACAAGAGGUAAUUAUUGGGAGGUCAUCUGAUGGCAUGAAUGUUGACAUUGACUUGGGUAAAUAUGGUUAUGGGAGCAAGGUAUCUCGGCGUCAGGCACUGGUGAAGCUAGAGAAGAACGGAACAUUCUCCUUAAAGAACCUUGGAAAGCGACAUAUCAUUGUAAAUGGGGAGAAGCUCAGUACAGGACAGAUUGCAUCCCUUACAUCACGUAGCUCAGUCGACAUUAAAGGAAAAGUCUUUGUGUUCAUGAUUAACAAAGAAGCAGUGAGACAGUUCUUGAAGAACAACACACGGAGAAACAGCAAGGACGACACCAAGUUCAGAUGGUGCGAAUAGAUUAUUUUUAGUACUUUUUGCUCUGCAUAGUCUUAAGUGAUCCCUUUAAUCAUAUGUGAACAUUUUGGGAUUUAUAAGUUAGUUAGAGCAAAUGAUUUGAAGUCUUUGCUUGCAACAGCUGCAAUCACUAUAAAGUGUUUUGUUAUGUCAACAACCAAUUAUUUAAUGUACAUAUUUGGUCAAA